GAUGAAGGCCCAAAUUCUUCAUCAUCAUUAUCCACUCAAAUAUCUGGUCCAGAAGACCCAAAUCUUUAAUUCAAAUACUAUACAAAUCCAGCUCAUUUAAAAGUGGGCUACAAAUACCAGCCCAUAACAAUAUAAUCAACUUUUCCUCCCACGUGUCAAAUCACAAAGCUUCCAGAAUCCAGAACUAGGAACCUCCCACUAAUUAUUUUUUUUAAAAAAAGCAAAAAUAAAAAUAAAAAUAAAAAAAUGGCAAGAUUACUCAUUUCUCCACCUCCAUUAACAACAAAACCGCAGCUAUUUCUCUUUUCUCACUCCAACCCCUUCAUCGCCACCUCAAUCCGCUGCUCCUCCACUUCACCCAUGUCGGAAACCGUCGAUAACCGGCGGCGUAAGGUGGUUGUAUGCGGUGGCGGCGUCAUCGGAGUAUGCACUGCCUACUUCUUAGCCAAAACCGGCGCAAUUGUUACCGUCGUUGAGAAAUCCUCCGUGGCAUGUGCAGCUUCCGGAAAAGCCGGCGGAUUUCUCGCGUUAGAUUGGUGUGAUGGUGGGCCCGUUUCUUCUCUUGCACGUGCCAGCUUCAAUCUCCACCGUUCAUUAUCCGAUGAGCUUGAUGGGCCUUCAUCGUACGGUUAUCGUCCUCUUAAUACCCUCAGUGUCCCAAUUGAUGAGUCUGAGAAUGGGCCUGGCCCAGGCCCAGGCCCAGGCCCAAGUGGGAGAGUUAAAAAUUUGCCGGCGUGGGUUGAUGGGCCUGCUCGGAAUGCGAAGCCCAUUGGGACGACCCAAACGACGGCCCAAGUGCACCCGCAAUUGUUUACGAGGUGUUUGAUGACUACUGCGGUGGAGAAGUAUGGAGCGGAGGUGGUGAUUGGGAAGGUGGAGAGAGUUGAAGGAAGGGAAGAUGGGCGAGUUGACUCGGUAGUUUUGGAGGAUGGACGAGUUAUUAAGGCGGACUCAGUUGUUUUAGCUCUUGGGCCUUGGUCUUCUAAAUUGGGCUUGUUGUCGUCGUUGUUUAGGGUUUAUGGGCUUAAGGCACAUAGUAUUGUUUUGGAGCCCAAAGAAGCUGAUGCUAUCUCUCCUCAUGCGUUGUUUUUGAGCUAUUAUUUAGCCGAGGGGGGGAAGCCCAUGGAUCCCGAAGUUUAUCCCCGGCCCACUGGUGAAGUGUACAUAUGUGGGAUGUCAGCAACAGAGGAGGUGCCAGACGAUCCGGAGCAAGUUGCACCAAAUCCAGAAUCAAUAAGGAUGCUGAAACGGGUAGCGGGGAACGUAUCAUCACACUUAAAAGAAGGGGAAGCACAAGUGAAGGCCGAGCAAGCUUGCAUGUUGCCAUGCACUGAUGACGGUGAUCCAGUUAUCGGGGAGCUUCCAGGUAUGAAAGGGUGCUUUGUAGCAACGGGACAUAGCUGUUGGGGUAUCCUUAAUGGUCCAGCUACAGGAGCUGCCUUAUCCGAGCUUAUUUUGGAUGGUCAAGCAAGCAUUGCUGAUCUGAGCUCGUUUAGCCCUGCAAGAUUUGUUGCUACAAGUAGAAAGUCUUGAAGCUUUGCAUUUGGUGUUGAGAUUCAAAGCCAUCAUAGAUGAAAGUUUGAUUUCUGCUAUUUGUGUGUUGUAUAUUGAGUUCCAAGUACAUGUGGUAUCAGGAUGUUCUUGUACUUUCCUUCUGUACUUACUCUUAGGUUCUGUAUGGUUGGGCGUAAAACAUUUUCAGUGUAAAAUGAUUUUCUUGGGAAACAAUUUACAACGGAAAACACAAUUCCAAAA